GUAGUGAGCCGAGGGAGCCCGAGCGAGGUGGUCCGUGCUCGAUUCUUCUGUGAAACUUUGUUACUUGUGUCUGUGGUGGUGUUUUGCGCGGGGACUUUGACGGCUGAGGUUGAACUUGAGGAGGAGGAGGAGAGCUGGAUCAGCGGCGAGGAGCUGUACACGGAAGGCAGCAGUGAGGACGAGGGCGCCUCAUCGUCCUCAUCCGCCCACGCCCACGCUCGCCACAUCCCCCAGGCGGACCACAAGAGGACCUGCCCCGUCCCCGCCCACUCCCCGCCCACGACCCCGCCCUCAGCCGCGUCGGAGCCCGCCCAGCAGGACGACCCGCACCUCACAGAGACCACGAGACUGUCACAAAUGGGUCUGGAUCAAAGUGCAGACGCCACGGGUGCCAUAGGAGGAACCGGGUCAGAGGCCGAGGAGGUGGAAGAGCAAGAGGAGGUGAUGCUGUGGCGACCCAAGCGAGGAUCCAUCAAGCUCCCCCACGUAGACCUCGACCCUCCAGCUCCUCUUUUGGAACAGGUUUCGGGGUGAGAAGGCGAUCCUCCUCUCCCGAUGCCCUCUUACCUGCCUGGAGCCUUUGUAGAGGAUGAAGAAGAGAGAAAGAAAGAGCGAAGAUUAAGCAGGGGUUGAAGAAGUAAAUUUUAUUUUCAUUUUUUUUAUUUAUUUUUUUUUUUUCUGAGACUUUUAUGAUAUAGAUUUUUUCUUUUUCUUUAUCAUUGUAAUUUUUACUUGUACUUUUAUUUUAUUUUAUUUCAUUUUUUUAUUUACUUAUAUCACAUUGACUUUUUUCCAAUUCCUUUUUUUUCUACUUAUAUCAAAGUGACUUUUUUCCAUUUCCUUUUUUUGGAAAAGAGAUUGGUAGGGCGUCAGGAUAGGUUUUUCUCCUUAAUUAUAACUCACACACCUGCUAGGACCACAGAGGUAUAUAUUUUACUUCAGCAAGCUUACUUGGCAUAUCAUUAACUAUGCUGACAGAUACAGGCAUCGUAGCUUUAGAGUUUUAGAUACUUUACAUACAUAAUGUGAAAAAAAAUAAUAUGAUAGCGACACAUUUUCCUGUAAUUUUAUAACCUAACACCCGACACCAGACACUUUUUCUGGAGAGCUUUUAGAUAUUAUGUAAUCUUCAUUUACUAAAAAGAAAAAAAAAGUAACUGUGAAAUAGCAAUCAUUAUACUAUGUCUAUGUAUAUUCAUCUAAUGGAGAUUUGUACUUUUUAAGUAGUAUCAAAUUUAAUUUCUAAAAAAAAAGAAAUGUGAUAAUCAAAAUAUUCUCACAGUUAUAUGUUAAAUGAAUCCAAUAGUGCUAAUAUAGUGCUAUAUAAUAUUAUCUAUAUUAUUUUCGUUAAUUUCAAAUGUUGAUGUAUAAAAUGAAAAGCAAUGCAUAAAAAAGUAAUGUUAUAUCUUCGGUUUACAUUUUAUGAAAGAUGAAAUUAUUAUUUUCUGUCUCUCUAUCUUCUUAAGAAGGUGAUGAUAAUGUUUGUAUGAUUCGUCAUCAUUAUUAUUUAAUUCUGUCAUGUAUUGGCUUUUUUUCGUUUGCAACCGUUUAUGUUGGCAGUUUGGCAUUUAUACUAUUCGUGUUUAUGAAUAGCUAUAUGUAAGGCUUUUUAUUUUUAUAGUAUUUUUUUUUGUAUGAUUUGCUAUUGGUAUUGGACGAUUGCGGCCAAAAAACAAAGAAAAAUUAAAUGAUAUGAAUAUU